GUGUAUAUAAGAUGUGAGGUUUCCGGGUUGGAAGGGAAAACAUCGCAUUUGCUCUACAGUUUGAGGACUUCAUCUUCGGCUUUUCGUACCACUGUCGUUUCUAUAAACAAAAACCCACUCGCUUGAAUACUAACUUUAAAUUUUUCUCGUUGCCAAAAUGGUCGCCAACGCCUUCGCCAUUGUCGUUCUCAUCGCGGCCACCACCGUCUCCGCUGCACCGACUAUCAAAAUCGCUCGUGAUGACCUGCAGCCAUGGGAGCUUCAGAGACUCUACACACACUCUCCAUCUGGCCGUCCAGGGAACGACCCACACUCUACACUCAACGUAACAAUCCAUGAUCCCAACACCAUCUAUGUUGCCGACACGCCCACCGGAGCCGCUGAAUUUCCACCCUCAACCGCAAACUGCUCCGCGCAGUGGCUGACGCAAGACGACGUGCCGUGGGGCAUCGAGCAGCCUUGCACAGAUAUCGAUUACGGGUACUGGACCAUGACCAUGGUAGAAGGAAGUGGGGAGGGAGCUACGGAGGACUUUGGCUUGGAAUUUAAGUUGGUCGAUAAAGUUACGGUUUUGAAUACUGUAUAUACCAGGAUUUUUACGGGUUCUGGGACGUUCAAGGUUGGAGAUAAUUUGUCCGGACAGUGUGGAGGUUCGGGACAGUGCAAUUGGGCGCUUACGGAGACGCCUUAUCUUAUGACGCAGGCGGAGCAGAGUUCCUGAUAAUAAGGCGCUAGCCAUUUAGACGCUGUCCUAGACGAGGGCACAGUAAGAGAAGAGGAAAGAGGUAGUGAAUUUUGAGUCGCAGAAACGGGGGAGUUUUGGUGGAAUGAGAGAUGAACAAAGGGGAAAAGAGAGAUGAUCUAAAUGGUAAUGAUAAUUAGCAUUCUAGCUCACUGAAAUUGAAAUACGGCGUUGAAUGAUACAA